GAUAGUAUAUGUAAGGAACAUGGAAUUUUCUGAUCGAGUGGCACAACUUUGUUUAGAAAAAUAUAAAAAACUUGGCAAAAAUGGUAAACCGUCGGAUAAAGAAUGGACUGUGCUGUCGGGUAUUGUUUUAAAAAAAGGAGAUAAUUCACUGUCUCUGGUAGCUCUCGCUACGGGAACGAAGUGCCUAGGAGAAGUAGAUUUAAUGAAUACGAAAUUGUAUGAAGAAGGUUCUAGAUUGAGUGAUUCCCAUGCGGAAGUUCUUGUGAGACGUGCCUUAUUAAGGUAUUUGUACGAGCAGAUUCAUUUAUUGCUGAGCGGUGCUAGAAGCGAUGUAUUUAUAAUGAUCGAUAAAAAGAUUCGAUUAAAUCCUGACGUAUCAUUUCAUUUUUUUACGAGCCAAACUCCUUGCGGCGAUUGUUCUAUAUUUUUGAAAGAAGACUUUUGCGAGCAUCGUGCACCUCCGAUAAAAAUUAGAAAAUGUGAUUAUGAUAAUGGGGAGAUAGUAAAGUUGAUUAGCGAUAAGAAGGAUAUAUAUAGGACAGGUGCAAAAUGUGUUAAAGCUGAGGAACACCAAGAUCCUCAUUUGCCUGGUGUAAAUUACCACGUGCUCGGGCCAUUACGUACUAAACCAGGAAGAGGGAAUCCGACUCUUAGUUUAUCUUGUUCGGAUAAAAUGGCAAAAUGGAAUAUCCUUGGCAUGCAAGGCUCACUUUUAUCAAUACUGAUCCCUCCAAUAAAAAUUGAAAGUGUCAUAGUUGGAGGUGCUUCUCCCUUUUCUCUACAAGCGAUGGAACGUGGAUUAUUUCAGCGGUUCAAUAAGAGUAUUUGUAAAUUAAAUAUUGUACAAAGCAAGCUUUCUUUUAAACAGCAAAAGAAUUCUGAUAGGAAACACCCGUGCCCAUCUAGUAUAAUAUGGUGUGCUGUAAAAAAUUGCGAUACUGAGAUAGCCGUCGAGGGCAGAAAGCAAGGAGCUACGAAAAAAAAGAAAGCUAGUAAUUUACUCGUAACGAGACGAGCUCUGUUCAAGACAUUCUUGCAAAUUUGCGACGAAUACACAAAUUUUGAUUGUAAUAUAAGACAUCCUAAGAAAAUAACUUAUUUAGAUUGUAAAAGAUGGUCUAAGGAUUAUCAGAGCUCAUGGAGCGCAUUGAAA